UUUUUUUUUGUAUUGUAGUUUAAUGCCCAUAAAACUGCAAGUCUAAAUUUUCCCAUCUGAAUGUUGUGAAGUCCUUGACCACAACUGCUUUUCCACAGUACAUGGUCAUUCUCUUCAUUGUGUUCCUCUUCCAGUUUGGAGUUUCCUGUUCUUGUCUGGCCAUGAACCAGGGUCAACAGGAGAAGCUGCUAGGCUCAUCCUGGGGACUAAUGAGUAAAGACACAAGAAUCAGCCUUGAGAAGAAGCUGGACUGCUGUGGCCUGUUCAACAAUACACAGAACCAGGGAGUGUUUAUGUCUGACUUACACUUCUGUGAUGCUCCAUGUGUAAAAAAGAGCCCCUGCCUCACUUGCGGUGAAAAGAUGCUCCAACAUUCAUCAGAAGCUUUGAAGAUCCUUGGAGGAGUCGGCCUCUUUUUCAGCUUUACAGAGGUUAGUUCAGGUG